AUGUCGACACUGGAGGGCUGUGCCGAUGCGCUGCUACAACAGAAGGUGGUGCAAGCCAGCAAUUAUGAGCGGCUGGAGGCGCGGCUCAUGGAAAUGGAGCGCACGAAGCGGUCACUUUUCUUUGGUCUCAAGGAAGUCAUUACGGACGUGGAACGCAGAACGCAAGAUUUGAGUGAACUGAAGCAAGAGAAUUCACGACUACGGCAACAGUUGCAGCAGGGUAACGUAAAGUUUGGCGCGCUCGCGGUUUUCAUUAAAGAUGAACAGAAGAAAACCGCGCGACUACGGGAGACUCUGGAGGGAUGUGAAAUCGCGUGGGCGGGAUACCCAGCUCGAGUGGCACUGGUGUUGCAUGCCUUGCAAGAGCGCCAAGUCUUUCGUGAGCAACUGGGUGAUGUUGUGAAGAAUCUGGAGCGUGUGAACCAACUGGUCAUUGUGUUACGUCGGGUUGGUGAAGUGCAUUCACGAGUAGCGCAGCGUCUGGUGGAGCAUAGCGCGGAGACGGUGCGUUUGGACGAUGCGUAUAAGCAAGAAAGACAGUUGACUGCGGGGCUGAGGGAAGAAUAUGAGCAGCACUCCGUUGCAACACUUGCUGAGAGUGACAGGUUGCGCGGCGUCGCCCAGAGACUCGAGUUGCAGCAGUUGGUGAGGGAAAGUGAGCUGGCAGCAGCUCGAGUGGAGUCUUCAGAAGCUGAAGCACGCAACGAUAUAUGUCGUAUGGCGCUACAGGGUGCACUUACAGCGGCCGACACCCAGGCAGUAAAGCACCAGCGUGCGGAGGUUUACUUCAGGUUCGUGUCGUGGCGGUGUGGACUCUUACAUACGGUUGUUUCGGCUGCUGAAGCACAAACGGAGGUUGUUUCAGAAAUGAUGAACACAUGGGUGGGAGGUUUGCGGUGCCAGCGGGACCGCUUGAAAGAGGAAACUGCACAAACAGAAAGUGGAAGGGCCCUUUCCGCAGAAGAGCUUGAGGUGGCACGCACUUCAGAGGCCAUCUUUCAGCGCCGCAACGCAUCACUCCGGCUUCUGUGCGGUGCCUUGCGGCUUCUUUACUGUCGGCAGCGGUCCCGCGCGGCGGACAUUCACAAGGAGUGGUCACAACUUGAAGGGGAGGUGUCAAGGGCGCGCAAAGCGCACGAGGCACGUCUCUUUGCGCGGCGCUUGUUACUGCUACAGAAAGAGGCCCGUGAAGGACUUUGUGCAGAGGAAUUGCUAACGCGGCGUGCACUCGCGGAAGGUGAGGAGGCGGCGCGCCAAGAGGCAGUUACCCAACGGCAAUUGGAUUUGGAGGCGGUGAAGAAGCAGAAACUGCAGCGGGAUGUGUCGCCUCUGCGUCGCGAGGAAAAGGCUGACGCAACUAGAAGUUGGUUUCAGCUAACAAACCCCGCCAAGUUGGUGGUACCGCGUGCUCGAGGAGCUGCGCAGACGGAGAAGAAGCGGCCUCGGUUGCCACCGGAUGUUGCCACUCCAGCUCGUAGGACUUAUCCACUGGGUGCAAAACCGAAAUCUGCAGAGUCGGACAAACACUGGGAAGGUGGAAACGAAACCCCAUCUUUGUCACAUCCACAGUCCCCUCCAUCAUCGCCACCACGUAAUCACCAUUCCGUUGCUCUGAUCCGUCCUUCAAGUCAGGUGAAGGCAACACGCUGCAGCCGCAGUCCGUCUCUUUCGGGAAUGCCAGUGAGCACAGUUCAUAACAGCAACAGCAGCAAGAAGCGAGGCCAACCACGCAAAAACUUUGUCACAAAGUUGGGUCCAGUGGGUCAUUUGGUCACGUCACCAUUGCCGCGUCGCCCCUCAGCAGCGAAGCCCAUCGAUGAUGUUGUUGCUGGUGCGGGGGUGCAGAAGGGAGUGUCACAUCAUGGGCCUCGUCCUUCUCUGUUAAGUGAAAAGGAACCGUGGAACGGAGCUAAGUUUGAGGACGUCUUUUCAGAUAUCUUCCCGUAUUGA